CCGAGCCUCCCCGAGCCGUGCCACCCCCAGCCCGCCCCGUCCAACCAUGCUGGCGCCGGCGGCUGCGGAGCGCAACAAGGGCCCGAUCCUGGCGGUGCUGCGGGACUACGCGGGGGGGCCGGGCCCCGUGCGGGUGCUGGAGGUGGGGGCGGGCUCGGGGCUUCACGCCGCGCACUGCGCCCGGGCUCUGCCGCACGCCCGCUGGCUGCCCUCCGACGUGGAGCCGCGGGCGCUGCGCAGCAUCGCUGCCUACGCAGAGGCCAUGCAGGUGCCCAACAUGCUGCCGCCCAUCUACCUGGACGUCUCGCAGGGCUGGGAGACCUGGGGGGGCAGCCAACCCGCCACCCUCGACCUCGUCGUCAGCAUCAACAUGAUGCACAUCUCGGAGCUGCGCUGCACGGAGGGGCUGUUCAAGGGGGCCGGGGUGCUGCUGAAGCCCGGAGGAGUGCUCUUCACCUACGGGCCGUACGCUGUGGAUGGCCAGAUCAGUCCCCAGAGCAACGUGGAGUUUGACCGCAGCCUGAGGCAGAGCAACCCCGCCUGGGGCCUUCGGGACACGGCGCUGCUGCGGCAGCUGGCUGAGGCCAACGGGAUGCGCCUGGAGAGGAUGGUGGACAUGCCGGCCAACAACAAGAGCCUCAUCUUCCGCAAGCUGUAACCCGCUGCGCCCUGCAGGCACCUCCCAGUGCUUCGCAAGGGACUGGGCAUGGCAACGAGGGCGCAGCGCCACGGCUUGCCCCGGCCAGAGGUCUCGGCUCCAUCUCCUCUGGCUCCUCCAUGGGACUCCCUGGGUGGCACAAUCUGGGAGGGGGCGCAGGGGGCAGCUCUCUCCCGGUGCCGGUUUCCGUGUCUCCGGGCAGGCACCGUGCCGAGCUGUGGGACCCCAUUCCCCACAUGGGACCACGCUGCUGCCCCCAAUAAAGUCUGGGGGGGCUGCGCCCCAGCAGCAGCUUCCCAAGAGCUCCA